GCUAACACGUACGAGGAAGCAGCAGCAUAUAUGCAGCUACAAUUUGAAAACAUGAAUAAACGACGAGACGGCCAGAAGGAGAUCUACACGCAUUUCACAUGCGCCACCGAUACCAACAACAUUCGCUUUGUAUUCGAUGCUGUUACCGACAUCAUUAUUCGUGAGAAUCUGCGUCAAUGUGGUCUUUUUUAA